AGCAACAGGAUCAGUGUACGUUUCGCACGAGCCGCGUACGCUUCUGUCGCACACGCCACUGGCACUGCCGUCCGUCCGUCCGUCGCCCGGCCGUUUCCCGAUAGCUCGCCGUCGUCCACCACCGGCCACGCGACCCGAUCCGUUUGCCAUCCGAUCGCGUCCACCGCUGCUGCCGGCGGUUUCCCGUCGUCGUCGACGCCAUCCGCUUCGGCCGCGCGCACACGUAACACCACUUACCGCGCCGCGCUACGAUAACGCCGACCGGUCACGUGCCGUCGUCAGGUACUCGACCGCGGUUCCGGAAACCGAGAUAACGGUCGCGCACUGCCGUCGUCCGUAACCAUUCAUUUGCCGAGAUUCGCCGACGUCAAGUCUCGCGGAGGAGUCGCCGUCCGUACAGCCGCGAUCAGCACACGGCGCCCGGAAGACCGGGGGUUCACAUCUGUACUAUGGUCGUCAACUUCAAACCAGAAUACGAAAAUCAAAACAUGUGUGAUGAAUUUAGUUACUCUCGUGGAAGACCUCCGACUGAAUCUAUUUCUCGAAUUGCAGAUUGGGACAUAAACGAUUCUAUUAUACCCAGGGUGAGUAAUCUUGAUGCGUGGGAAGAGUGGGCUGAUGGUCACUGUCGAUUGGUGUACUCGCCUAACAGCGAAGAAGCAAAAAGGCACGCUUCUGGAUGGGCAAUGAGAAAUACCAACAACCACAAUGUUCACAUAUUAAAAAAGUCGUGCUUGGGUGUUCUGGUAUGCUCUAAAAGGUGUACACUUCCUACAGGGGGAACUGUCCACCUAAGACCAGCAAUAUGUGACAAAGCUAGAAAAAAGCAACAAGGUAAAUCGUGCCCAAAUAGAGAUUGUGAUGGCGGUAAAUUAGAAAUAAUACAAUGUAGAGGACAUUGUGGUUAUCCAGUUACUCAUUUUUGGAGACACACUGAUUAUGCAAUUUUUUUCCAAGCCAAAGGUGUUCACGAUCACCUUAGACCUGAAGCUAAGUCUACUUCAGAAGCGCGAAGAAGCUUCGGCAACAGCCGCAAGCCGCGUAAUAACGGUGUUGUGCAAAUGAAUCGUGAACUUCCUUUCAAUAAUAGGACAUUAAAUUUGAAACGACAGAGAACUAAUGGAAAUCGCAGACCAUAUUUAAGUACUCAAUUGCCUGAAAACGUGAUACCAGACAAUCAAAAUAUAAAUCCCGAAUGCUCUUGCCUGCCGUACUUGUGCGUGUGCAACAACGACAUCAGCGGCCGCUCGGAUCCGGCCGUGGACGCGUCCUCCGCGUCCGGGCUCCAGCACCACCAGCUACCGCCGGCCGCGUACCCGAGCAACGGUGGCGAGCAUCAACAUCAGCAGGACUGGUCGGCCACCGCCGGUAUGCACGGUUACCACGCGAUGCACCACCAGCAGCAGCAGCCCGCGCGCAUGGAUACGUCCGAGUCGACGGCGGCGGCGGUGGUGGUGGACGACUUCACGACCGCGUUCACCGGCGGACCGCAACCCGCGUCCGCCGUUUACUGCCAACCGAUGGCGCCGCCCGCGGUGGCCGACGACGUGCCCAUGUUCCCGCUUAUCGGGCAACGGCCACCACCGCCGCCCGCCCUGCCCAUCGCCGGGGCCGCCGCUUACCACAAGAGCUCGCCGACCACCGUGUUGGACUUGGGCAGCGGCACCAUACACAAGAGCGACGACGACGACGACCCCGGCUGGCCGCACUUCCACGCCGACUCGUCCGCCGCCGACUACCACAGCGACGUGCAACAGUCGCGCCGCCGUCCGCACUACGACCACCAUCAUCAUCACCACCACCACCACCACCACCAGCCGACGCGCCACUACCACCAGAGCCAACAGUAUUACGAGCCGAGCCGCGUGGACGGUGUCGACGGCGCGUAUCAUCACUACACCGCGGCCACCAUCAAGACGGAGGACGUUGGCCAUGACCAGGUUGACAUGCUGCAGCCGCACGCGUACUCGGCCCCGCAACCCGUCGACUACUACGCGCACUUGCCGUCCUCGUCGUCGGACGCCGUCGUCGACGGUAUGCACCACCACCAUCAGCAGCACCACCACCACCACCACCACGACGACGGUUCCAUGGACUUCAUCGGCGACGCUCCUUCGCUGUCCGACACGCCAUCCAUGGUCGACUUCAUGGUGCUCGAUCCCAACAAGCUGUUGAACAACAACAAUAACAAUAACGUCAUUAACAACAACAACAACAACAACAACAACAACAACAGCGGCAACGGUUAUUACAUGGACACGUAUUACGGGACUGAAACCAGUGCGGCCACGGCUGCUUUCAACGAACUCCAGUUGAACGCCGCCGAUAUGCAUUGGUCUCAAACCAUUAAUCAGUAGAAGACUUUUUGUUGGGGUUUUAUAUUCUGGUUAGGAAAAAAAAAUAUUCAAUUUAUAAUCCAAUUAUGACUUAUGGUGGUUCUCACCGCGUGUAAAAUUUUCUGAUGAAUUCGAUUUUAAGCAAUACCGUAUUUUUUCUUCUUUUAAGUCUCAUGACGGUACGUCUAUUAUUAUUAUCUCUGCAACACGUGGAUCGCGUUGGAGAUGAUUUAUUUAUUUGAACUUCAUUUUUUUUUUUUUUUUCUUUUAUUGACGUCGAUUUAACAUGACUAUUAUAUAUAUUUUAUCUUUAGAAACUAAGCGUAAAAACUAUAGAAUACCUAUUUUUGUUUGAAAAAUUGUUCGCAACGUGUGUCGAAUUUGUUUUGAAUUCCUGAGACGAACUUUGAUACAGAUCAUUUCGUGGUUGUGAUACGGCUGUCGGUUUAUUUCUUUAACAGAAAGUUUACGUAAAAGCUUUGUAAACGUUACUACUGGCUUAUGCUUGACGUUGGUUCAGGAUCUAGUAAAAUUUUUCUCUUCGUUACUUCAAUUCCUACGUGUAUUUACUGGUUAAUUCACGGAUCGGUCAAUUUAUACACGUGUGUUGAAGUGCGAUAGUAAAAUAAGUACGAACCUUUCGGACUCUAUACAAAUUAAACAUAUCUUUUUAAAUUCGAUUCCAUAGCCUUUCAAUAAUAUUUACGUACCUUUUUCUACUUCCAAAUAUUUCCAAAAAUAGUACAAUCAAAUCAUAGACUCCUCGCAAUACGACAGCCGAAUUCACGUACUGACGGAACAAUGACACAGCAUAAUAAAAAAUUUGUAUGUAAAAAUAUAUUUCCUUUUUCCCUCGAAAUCCACACUGUCCUUGCUCGCGUCGCAAAAACUGUAAUUAUAAUUUAAUGCUUUUAUGGCUAUAUGUAUAUAAACGAAAAUUAUCCACAGU